GCACCAGUGACAAACAUAGCAGGCACCGUGUAACGGCGAGGAUAGGUUACGGAGAAGCUGUCUGGAUUUACUGGAACCGGUCACAAAGACCCGCAGCAGGAUGAACACUGCAGCUGUGUAUCCCCCUCCCUCCGCCCCCCCAGCCGACAUGUUCGGCAACGUGCCCGGCUAUGAAGGCACCUUAGCAGGCGGAGGAGGUUACCUGCCCCCUCCUAUGCCUUUGGAGCCUGUUGCCCCGCCCCAACCUGGCCCUGAACCUACCGACUGGAGCAUUCCUUCUCUGUCAGAGGAGGUGGCUCGUGAGGCGUUCAAGAGCUUUGUGUCCUCUCACUGCUGCUACAGCAAAGGUCCUGUGAAUGAUGGAGUCAUCACUGGCAUGGAGCCGUUCAACACUUACAGGUACCGACUGGAGACGUUCACUGAGUCCAGGUCAACCGAGUGGGCCCACAAACCUCAUGAAGGUGAGCCAGCUGACUUCUACACCCAGACUGCCCCUCGACCCUGGGAGAUCCAGGCCAAGGCUCCCAGCCUCUUCACCAAUCACACGGAGGAGAUCCGCGUGCCCUUCACCUCCUCCAUCAAGGAGUGCCACACCUGCCAUGCCUCCGGGAAGAUGCUUUGUAAAGAGUGCAAUGGAAAUGGAUUUAAACCCUGUUGGGUGUGUAACGGCUCCGGGUCAAAGAGUGAGGAAAACUGCUCUCACUGUGAUGGUACAGGCAAAGACAGGUGUACAGAGUGUGAUUCACAGGGAGGGAAGGAGUGCGAAACCUGUGAAGGUAAACGACAACUGCUGACCUACAUCCAGCUCAAAGUGGAGUGGAAAAAUAAUCUGGAGGACCACGUGGUGCAGCAGAACUCCGGUCUGAACAUUGAAGAUCUUCGCUCAGUGACCGGGAAGGAGCUGUUCAAGAACAACCAGUACCUGCUCUACCCUCUGCUCGGGUUUCCAAACCCGGCCAUGGCUGAGGCCUCUGACCGUCUGAUCAAAGACCACCAGGGCAAGUACGCACAGACCUCCAGGAUCCUGCAGCAGAGGCAGACGGUCGAGUUGAUUCCCAUCAAUAAGGUGAACUACAAGUGGAAAGGAGACACUCACGUCUUCUUCGUUUACGGCAACGAGAACCAAGUCAGCGCCGACAAUUAUCCUGCAACAUGCUGCUGUGUCAUCCAGUAGACACACAUGUACACACUCUUACACACAGUUACUCUCAGCUUUGCUUCCUUUUGUUUUACCGUCCUUCUUUUAUUCAGACCAUUUAAAUCUCAGAUCUGUUCCUCAGUUAAGAGCUUGUGUUACUCGGACACUGAUCGCCCCAGAGCAAGCUCAGUAGCUUAACCUUAGAUGCAACAAUUACACAAAGAUUAAAUAAUUUCUAUUAUCUUGUUCGUUACUCUCCUUCAGGUCUCCUAAUGAGGGGAAAAAUUGAGUAUCCUUCAUAGGAGCAAGUCAACUUUAUGGAAAGUCAACAAGAUGCUUCAUAAGAAAAAGAGACUGUCCUGCCGUGUCUGUUCUCAGAGUCCAUCCUAGUCUGUUUUAGGACGCCUGUCUGAUGUCAUGACCCCACUUACCAAAGAUACUUUGUUACAGAUCACUUCCACUGAACAGUUUUAAAACAACCUGUACCAGUAUGUGCCAAGGGACAUCCUCAGGCUUACAUGGAAACCUCAAACGUCCUGAUAUCACUGUUUCAUAAAUGUGCAGUCCACGUUAAACUAAUAAUGAGUCAGUAAACCUGCGGAAGCCUGAAGAGAUGAAAAUGCUGGAUUAUUUUAUGCUGAGAUUAGAGAUAGAGAAAUGUUUACUUUAUUGUCACUUCAUGUUAAAUAUGCAAUGAAAUCCAAUUUGGCAGCAGUCCACGAAAAGCCUUUCUGUGGGUGUAAACAGCAGUUCAGCUAGUUCCUACCUGUGUUCUUCCAUCCGUGGUUAUAUCAAAGUGAAAACACAUUAUUGUUUACAAGCUGGAAAUAAGUGUCAUAACUCAGGAACAAGAGUCUUUAGUUUUUCUGUCCGCCUGGUAACACUCUCUACGUUUACUGAGCUAGCUUUGUUUUCUAACUCCUUGCUAACAGCAACAAUGCCCUUAUUUGGGAAAAACUUGUACGUUUUCAUCUUCAAAAAUAACCUGUUAUAAAAAAUCUCCUCCUGUACAGUGUGUGCCGAUAGAGAAAUGAGCUACUCAGACCUAAACUAAUUUUUUGACCCAGGCUGUAAACAUGUCUAUUUCUGCUGUAAAGAUCAGUUUUCUUGAAUGAGUGUGAAUGUGGUUUCUGGUACUUCCGGAGCCAGCCUCAAGUGGACACUCAAGGAACUGCAGUUUUUAACACUUCCGCAUUGGCUUCAAUUCUCACAACCGAAGAUUGCCACUUGAUCAUAGCAUGCUUUGAGCAGCAACUUGGAAAACACGAUGACAGGAGGAGGAUGGUGAUUGCACGAGCAGUGCAUGUCUGUAAUGAAGCUUUAGCUAGUAUAGCGCCAUCUUCUGGAUGAAAUACAGCAACACAUUAAGAUACCUCUCCCUCCAGUGUUUUAGCUGCACUGGUCUAUCGGACGGAGCUCACUUUUUAGAUUAAAAAAUAAGAUUGAAAGUCUGACACGCCAACUUUUAUGUUAACUAAACGUCAUCUGCCGCCAUUUUUAGGCCGUUGAGAUCUUUGGGUGCAUUGUCAUUGUUUUAUCUGAUUUACUGCCAUUAGUUGAUUUAUUUUUUAACAGUGUUCUGAAUGUCUUACUUACCAUCCGGUUAAACUAAAACUGUAACCAUGAUAGCCUUAACUUUUUAUUGCAGCAUUACAGCAUGACUUACAGAUACUUUCUUUACUCACAAACAGGCCUUGUUCGAUAAUCUACCUGAUGUUAGUCACAAAAUGACGACAAAGUUACCUCACCACAGCGUGUUUUAUUGUUAUUCAAAGGAAGUCACAUCUCAUCAUCAUUGCAGUAUUUUCAUUGUAUUUCCAAGUAUUUCCCCUUUAAAAUGUUUAAAAGACACAACACACUUGUUUUUUUUACUGAACUUGGAUUAAAAGUUAUUCAGUUCUGCUGAUUCAGCGAACAGUUCACUUCAGGACAAAAAUCCUGUUCCUUUAAACAUCCCUGCUGCAGUACAGCGGGUCUCCUGUAGAGGGUGCUCUAUGUUUAAUAGAGAUGUUAGCUGCCCGCUGCCUUCAGUGUGACCAGUCUGUGACAGGACAAAGCCACUUCAGGUGUUUUACUCUUCAUGUAUCACUGCAUAUACAAACAUAUGUAUACUUUUUAAAGUUUGUUUAUUCCCUUUAUAUGCUGCGUUCCUCCCUCCCUGCUGUUCAGAGAGGAAUAUGUAAUAAUCAGCUGCUUCAAAAGUCAUAUUCAGUAUUCAUGUUUGUUACAGUCUAUAUUCUAGUUUGACUAUUUUAUCUUUACACUUUCAAACGAUUUGCUUUUAAUUCUUCCGCCAAAUAUUUCUUUAAAAUACAAAAACAUAAACAAAUUGAGAAUAAUUGACAUUUAAUAUCUAAAACUGAAGCGAUGCUGCUUGAACCUGAUGCACCUUUUGCUGAGUAGAAUAUUUGUAAUGUGAAUUCUGAAAUAAUCUGACUAACCAGCAUCUCUGCCACUAACCUGAUGGACUAAACAGUGUUAUGACUCUGUUACUGUAACUCUGUUGGUAAAAAAUAAACUGCAAAUAAACUCUGAGCCCAUCUCA